AUGCGUCAGUCGGGCGCGCACCUGUGCUUAUUUUUGCAGGCCUUUCCCCUUACACAACUCACGGCGAGUAUCGAGGAUCGCGAUGUUCACGACCAGAAGGCAAUAGUCGCGCAGUACUGCAGGUAUACGGCGGAGAUAAAGCGGGGUGCCAACGUGAAGGAAAUGGUCAAUCGAGCUCUUGGUUUUGCCCAGAGCGAUCCCAAAGGCCCUGUGUAUGUCUACGGAUCACGCGAAGCUCUCGAAGAGGAUAUCAAGUCCUACGAAUUGAAUCAAACAUUUUGGACGCCUGUUCAGCCCGCCGCGCUAGAUUCGGAACAAUGUCAAUAUAUUGCCGGACUUCUUGUAAAUGCGGCUCAGCCUCUGGUUGUUACAGGCUACAGCGGUAGAAAUCACUCGGCCGUUGAGGGCUUGGUCACUCUAGCCAACAAAAUCCGCGGUCUCCGUGUUCUGGAAACUGGCGGAUGCGACAUGUGCUUCCCGAGCGACCAUCCUGGCGCACAAGGCCUCCAUAUGAGUGGUCAUCCUUGUAUCGAAUCGGCUGAUCUGAUCCUCGUGAUCGAUUGUGACGUGCCAUGGGUCCCAACGGCGUAUCAGCCUAGCGCCUCUGCGACCAUUAUUCACCUAGAUUCGGAUCCUUUAAAAGUGCAAAUGCCUGUUUUCUAUAUCAACGCUGUGGCUCGGUAUCGAGUCGAUGUUGCCAUCGCUCUCCGCCAGAUUAAUGAAACUAUCGGUAUGUCGACAACAUGGGUAGAUCAGCUACGCAGCUCGAUCUACAAGGAACGAUGGGACAAUCUGGAGAAAGAGCAGCAAGAGCGCCGGAGUAUAGCUAUGACAAAAGCUGCAGUCGAGCCUAACGGAUCGUAUAACACCGCUUUUUUAGCCCGUGUCCUCAAAGACAGUUGUCCAGCAAAGACAACAUGGGUCGUCGAGGCUGUAACGAAUGCUAUGACGGUACACGAACAGAUUGCGCCCAAAAGACCUGGAAGCUGGAUCAACUGCGGUGGAGGCGGAUUAGGUUGGUCCGGCGGCGGCGCUCUUGGUGUCAAACUCGCGCUGGAGUACACAGAAGCCAACAGCAAACAGGCUAGUUUCGUAUGUCAGAUCGUUGGAGACGGCACAUACAUGUUCAGUGUGCCCGGCUCGGUCUACUGGAUUGCUCAACGCUACUCUAUUCCGGUAUUGACCAUUGUUCUUAAACAACAAAGGCACUCCAUGCUGCUCGUCCACCCCGAAGGAGAGGGGGCAGCAGCCACAAAUGAAGAGCUGAACAUAUCUUUUGCGACUACGCCAGACUAUGCUGGGAUCGCUAAAGCCGCCUCUGGGGGAAAAUGUUUCACGGGCAUUGCAAAUACCGCUGAGGAUCUUCAUCGCCUUCUGCCCGAAGCGAUUGCGGCAGUGCAGAGUGGCCGCGUCGCGGUCAUCGACGCUCGUAUCGGCGGGAGUGAGGGCAAGUAUCAGCCAGAGGACAUAUGA